GAGGCGGAGGGGAGGAGGGCUGCGGGGUUGGGGCGUUAGCUGCGUCCCGGCUUGGAGCCCGCGAAGAGGACGAGGAGGAAGGCGCGUCUGUGGCCGCGGCCGCAGUGCUCCGGCCGCAACAAGCCAUGAGCAACGUCCCCGCGGGAGACCCCGCCGUCGCUGGAUGCUACUGAGCCCAGCUAGGAGACAGCUCGCCGCUCCCCAACACCCUCCACAGCCGACACCCUCGCGCCCAGAGAAACAUGAUUCCGGUGACAGAAUUCCGCCAGUUCUCUGAGCAGCAGCCUGCCUUCCGGGUGCUGAAGCCAUGGUGGGAUGUGUUUACCGAUUACCUCUCGGUGGCCAUGCUGAUGAUUGGCGUGUUCGGGUGUACUUUACAGGUCAUGCAGGACAAGAUCAUCUGCCUUCCGAAAAGAGUGCAGCCCUCUCAGAACCAUUCUUCUGUUUCGAAUGUCUCCCAAGCGGUUGCCAGUACCACUCCACUGCCUCCACCUAAACCGUCUGCUACUAACCCUGCCACUGUGGAAAUGAAAGGACUGAAGACAGAUUUGGACCUCCAGCAGUACAGUUUUAUAAACCAGAUAUGUUAUGAGCGAGCCCUCCACUGGUAUGCCAAAUAUUUCCCUUACCUUGUCCUCAUCCAUACCCUGGUCUUCAUGCUCUGCAGUAACUUCUGGUUCAAAUUUCCUGGAUCCAGCUCCAAAAUAGAACAUUUCAUCUCAAUCCUGGGGAAGUGCUUUGACUCUCCGUGGACCACACGGGCUUUGUCUGAAGUAUCUGGGGAGGACUCAGAAGAAAAAGACAACAGGAAGAACAAUAUGAGCAGAUCCAACACUAUCCAGUCUGGUCCAGAAGGCAGCCUGGUCAACUCUCAGUCUUUAAAAUCAAUCCCUGAGAAGUUUGUGGUUGACAAAUCCACUGCAGGGGCCCUGGAUAAAAAGGAAGGUGAGCAAGCCAAGGCCUUAUUUGAGAAGGUAAAGAAGUUCAGGCUGCAUGUGGAAGAAGGUGAUAUCCUGUAUGCCAUGUAUGUUCGCCAGACUGUCCUUAAGGUUAUAAAAUUUCUGAUCAUAAUUGCAUAUAAUAGCGCUCUGGUUUCCAAAGUCCAAUUUACCGUGGACUGUAAUGUUGACAUCCAGGACAUGACUGGAUACAAAAACUUUUCUUGCAAUCAUACCAUGGCACACUUGUUCUCAAAACUUUCCUUUUGCUACCUGUGCUUUGUAAGUAUCUAUGGAUUGACGUGCCUUUAUACCUUAUACUGGCUGUUCUAUCGUUCUCUGAGGGAAUAUUCUUUUGAGUAUGUUCGGCAGGAGACUGGAAUUGAUGAUAUUCCAGAUGUGAAAAAUGACUUUGCUUUUAUGCUUCAUAUGAUAGAUCAGUAUGACCCUCUCUAUUCCAAGAGAUUUGCAGUGUUCCUAUCUGAAGUCAGUGAAAACAAAUUGAAGCAGCUGAACUUAAAUAACGAGUGGACUCCCGAUAAACUGAGGCAGAAGCUACAGACAAACGCCCAUAACCGACUGGAAUUGCCUCUUAUCAUGCUCUCUGGCCUUCCAGACACUGUUUUUGAAAUCACAGAGUUACAGUCUCUAAAACUUGAAAUCAUUAAGAACGUAAUGAUACCAGCCACAAUUGCGCAGCUAGACAAUCUCCAAGAGCUCUCUCUACACCAGUGCUCUGUCAAAAUCCACAGUGCAGCUUUAUCUUUCCUGAAGGAGAACCUCAAGGUCUUGAGCGUCAAGUUUGAUGACAUGAGAGAACUGCCCCUCUGGAUGUAUGGACUCCGGAAUCUGGAAGAGCUGUACCUAGUCGGUUCUCUAAGUCAUGAUAUUUCUAAAAAUGUCACCCUUGAGUCUCUGCGGGAUCUCAAAAGCCUUAAAAUUCUCUCUAUCAAAAGCAAUGUGUCCAAAAUCCCUCAGGCGGUGGUUGAUGUCUCCAGCCAUCUCCAGAAGAUGUGCGUACAUAAUGAUGGCACCAAGCUGGUGAUGCUCAACAACUUGAAGAAGAUGGUCAACCUGACGGAGCUAGAACUGGUCCACUGUGAUCUGGAGCGAAUUCCUCACGCUGUGUUCAGCCUGCUCAGCCUCCAGGAACUGGACCUGAAGGAAAAUAAUCUGAAGUCUAUAGAAGAAAUUGUUAGCUUUCAGCACUUGAGAAAAUUGACAGUGCUAAAACUGUGGCAUAACAGCAUCACCUACAUCCCAGAGCAUAUAAAGAAACUCACCAGCCUGGAGCGUCUCUCUUUUAGUCACAAUAAAAUAGAGGUGCUCCCUUCCCACCUCUUCCUCUGCAACAAAAUACGAUAUUUGGACUUAUCCUACAAUGACAUUCGAUUUAUCCCACCUGAAAUAGGAGUUCUACAAAGUUUACAGUAUUUUUCCAUCACUUGUAACAAAGUGGAGAGCCUCCCAGAUGAACUCUACUUCUGCAAGAAACUGAAAACUCUAAAGAUUGGGAAAAACAGCCUAUCAGUACUUUCACCGAAAAUAGGGAAUCUACUGUUCCUCUCCUAUUUAGAUGUUAAAGGAAAUCACUUUGAACUCCUUCCUCCUGAACUGGGUGACUGUCGGGCUCUGAAGCGAGCUGGUUUAGUUGUCGAAGACGCUCUGUUUGAAACUCUGCCUUCUGAUGUCCGGGAGCAAAUGAAAACAGAAUAACUUAUUUUUCUUUAAAGUUUGACUGAAACACGCUACUACCAAAUACAGUAUAAUUAGGUAGUCUUAAUGCCUUUCCUAUUUUGUUGUUUUUUCUUUUUAACAUGAAACAAAAUGUACACAAGAUUGAGUAAGGAGUAUGUAUAUUUUUAAUAAAAAUUUACUUGUAUUUUUUUCAGUAUUAACAUUUUAAAGUUUUAUUCGUCCUGGAACCUAAUAUAUCUAGUGUUUUCUACUGGCAGAAACAGAUGGUUCCAUCUGUAUUUUGUGGUGGUGUUGUUUCAGUCCAUUGUUGUGAAAGGGAGGAAGUUUUGAGUUGCAUGCUUUUCAGUAUUUUUUUAAUACGUGAAAGUAUUUUGCCAAGGUCAUUGUUCACUUGUUUACACCUGUCCAGGGUCUUAUUUUUGUUUUCAUUGUGUGUUGUAUACCAAGGAAUCUGUACUAAUUAUUUCAAUACCAGCUGCCAUCUUCAUUGGCCAAGUCCUUCAUUCUACACUGAAAACUUCUGCAGAGCGUAAAUUCGCUUAAGUGCGUUGUCACAGAGUAUUGUUUUUAAAUCCUCCCCCAACAGAAACCUAAAUUAUAUUAUUUCAUACACCUGACAGUUACACUUAUCAUUAGGCAAGGAAUUUAUGAGUGGGUAACAACAAUAAUCUUCAAUGGCGGGCAUGCUUGAAUUGAUCAUCUGUAAUUUAACUGAUUUGCGUUUUCACCAACAUUUUAAAAACAUCCUUUAAAAGCUAUACACAAAGGCUUCCCUGCCCUCCUUUAAUCUCAAUACUGCUAUGUAGUACUGGCGAACAACCUUAGAGAACUAGAUUUAUUGUAAUAUUCUAGUCAGUAAUUACAUUUAAAAAUCAUAGAAUUAGAAGCCUGUUUUUUGAGUAAUUUAAUCAUCUUUGAUAUCUGGAUAUGCGGGGGCAUUGGCUGAAAAAAAUUUCUCUACUAAAGCAUUGUUAAAUAGAUGGUGCACUCCACUCAAGCUCUCUCCUUUCCUCUGGGCCGUGUGGCAGUGAUAAUCUAUUCAAGUUCUGCCUGUUGCUCAAAAUAAUCUACUUAUAUAUUCAUCAGUUUCCCUGAAGCCUGGUCAUGCUGGGAAUGCUAGUGAUGUAAGCUCUGGAACUCUGUGUGCUCUCUUUGGCUUAAAAUAAGUAUCUCAUCUAAAAUGGUUCUGUUAUUUAUUUUUUUUUAAGUGAAUAAAUUGCUAAGUGGUUUUCACUUAGCAAUAAUUUCUGCCUGGUGGUCAGUAGAGCUUUUAUUCACCUUAGGACUUAAAAUCCAACACAGUGUGCGUCGUGGGCAAAUUGUUUACUGACCAUUAAGCUGUGUUGAACAAGAAAAUGAAAUACACUAUUUGACCUCAAUCCAAGACCAGUACUACUGAUCAUAUGGACUUUGUUUUAUGCAUCGAAUUCACACUGACCUUUUCCAGAGCCCUUGUCUGAGCUGAAAAACUUUUGUGACUUAAUGAAGGAAAGGAGGAAGAAAAUUGGGGGGUUUCAAAAUGCUGCUUUUAAAAAAUUGCUCCUUGAUAAUGGUGAAUUCGCUCAAUGCCACUUUGAAUAAUACACAGAACGCAACUGUAGGAGCAGCUCGACAGAUGUAUGUACCUCGAUCGUGUUUUAAAUUCUUGUGCUACAUCAUGGGGUGAAGGAUUAGGGAAGGAUGUGCUUUUCAUUUGUUUAAUAAUCUAAUCAUGUCAACCAAAGUGCUUCACAGUUUUGCUAAGUGUUAAACUUUUAGAAUGGUGAUGUUGCAUAGCUGAUUUAUUUAGACCUGAAAAUGAAAUAGUAAUAAUAUGGUUUGAAAUAAUAGCAUGGCCCUGUUUCUUGUAGGAUAAAAUAUUCAAUUCCAGAAUAUUGUUGGGAUCCUAAUUAUGAACAGUGCAUUGUAUUUAGAAACAUAACCUUGUCUGUUUUAAGCAAACAAAAACAAAAACUUAGCAGAUUGUCCAUGGCCGAGCAUGGCCAAAACACCCUGUUGGAAGGUAAGCUGAGGCAGCUGCUGGUAAUACACUGGGUGCACUCUUUUUCUGGAUAAAAUUUAUAGUUAUUUUCUAUAUCACCUUUCAAAAGGGAUCUAUUCAGGUUAAAAAUCAUAUUUUAUGCUGAAGUCUUUAGCAUUAAUUGAUAAUCUCAUAUGGGCUCAUAACUGAAAUAAGUUACUGAUAACUAGCUUUUAUCACUUGUAGCAAUUUGCUCAAAAUUCCAAAAGAAUUUGACUUGUUUUCUUAAUGAUUUCACAGGCUGACCCCCAGCCUAAGUUUUAAAUAACAUCCAGUAAAUCAGUACAGUUCUAGGAUUUUACGUGUUAACUAAAAAAGAAAAUCUGUAAAUGUUUCUAUUCGAUUUUAUAAAAAUUUGAAAGUCUCAAACUUAAUUAAAUCUAAAUUUCCCGACUCUGGCCCUUUUUAAUGUUGUAAUUUUUUGUUCACACGCUUAUGUAAAAAGCAUUUGAUUACUAUUUAGCCUUUAAAUGGAAAACUCAGGUAAAUGAACUGCUGACUUUUCUAACAUCCUUUAACUGAUCAACUAAGUGUAUAGGGGGUAUUUACUUAAUCACUUUCUGUAUUUUACAAGUGCUCUUGCUAAAAAAAAGGAACAACUCGCUCUAUUUCUCCAACCUUUAUAAGAUCCAUGAGAAACUGCUUAUGUAAAUACGAAAGCACCAUAUUUAUUCAUACCUCCUAUGGCUGUUUGCAGCCCAUGGUGGGUAAGCUUUUUUGGUCAGCUUUAAUGGUUACAUAUAGAACAAGCAAUUGUCUGGUGAUGGUCUAGUUGAAAUGGAGUAUAUAAGUAUAUCCCCAUGGAACCCACCUAAAAAGAUCACAUUUCAGAAAAUCAGUGCAAUUUCUUGUUGUGUGUUGUGGGUUUUGUUCUGUUUUUAACCCAGCACCACCAAUAUAGAGGUUCUUGAUACAGUCAGACCUGGUAUUUACAAUUAUAAAAUAUUUUUAUUUUUCAUCUACCCUUUUCCCUGUCAUUACAUUUCCCAUGUGGCUGUUUUAAUGAGUCCUAACAAUUGACAUAGCGUCCUGUGCGGCAGGCACUACUUUUGCAGAAAGGCUUGGAAACUAGGACCACUGCAAGGAUUUUAUUCCUGUAGAGAUGCCUCUUUACCUGGCUCUCGAUCUAUGUUAGUGGAGGGGAGCUUAAAUAACCCAAAAUCUCCUCUGGGUUACUUGGAAUGAGGGAAGUCUAAGUUCUUCAAUAUGCUAUUUUCUUAUUGCUGAUACCAAGACACAGAAAACAAAAUUUUUAUUUAUUGAUAUCUCUUGUUACCAUUUCCCCUAAGAGCAGUUUUGCUGUUGUUUUUAUUUUCCUAAUUCUACUAUAAGAAAAGUCCAUUUUUUACAUAGUUUAUUUUACUGUCUAAUUUCAUACCAAAUACCUGAUAAAUAGUAAUAAUAUAUUUAAAGGAGAACAUUUACAAUCCAUCAUUAUGGAAACCGUCAGCAGUACUUAGUAGUGAACAAAUAAAUUCAACAUAAACUGUUUUAGAGACUAAAUUAAGAGUCAACUAACAUUCUCCCUUCAUCCUGAAGGUAAUAAUGCUAUUCAGACAGUUCACAUGUUUGGUAGGAUCUCAAUAACUCAGGGUAGAGUUCCAUACUAACCUUCCAAAAUAAAUUUGCAAAAUAGCACAAUUGUUGGAAAGGGUCUAUAGGAUUUUCUCGUUUUUUCUUGUCUAUUCAGAAACAUGGUAAGGAAAUCUGGACAGUCUCAGCUAAAACUGCCAUCGAUUUUUCAAACUUGGGCUUCAAUGACAUCCUUCUGAUCCAAUUUUAUGCCAGCCUUCCAAAGGAGAUAUCCACUCUUCCUCCAUCUUGCAGGGCCUUUCACUAAUAAUGGGGACAUCCUUAAGUUCAUUUGGAGAGGGGAGCAUCUCUCCCAUCUGCCACCUCCCCCUCCCCCACCCAAGGAAUUUUGUUUUUAUCAGAAGACCUUGAAAAGGGGUAUAUAACUUUGGACAAUGUAAUUUCUUGGUCAUGUUAAGUAACAGCUUCUAUGCUUGGUUUUUAAUGUAUAAAUUCACCUGAUUCUGCCUCUUUGAUGAAUAUUCUUCUUGGGGUCGGAACCCCAUGCCUUAUGUUUCCUUUGCUGCUUGUUUUCUCUCACCGUCUGUACAUGUUCAGAUUGUGUCAAAUGCUGGCAAACCCUCUAAGACUGUCGAGAAAAAUGCUUGAAAGUUGAUUGUCUUAUUGUAAAUUCUUGAUAAAAAGUGUUGUUAUUUGGCUAUGUAGUACAUAGGAAGAGAAAAUAACUUAAAUAAAGUCAUUUUUGUAAUUUAAAAUUGAGACCUGUCCCUUUCUUAUUUGUUUUUAGAAGUCAUGUUUGUCUUUGCAUGUCUUAAACUGUCACAAAGGCUCCCUGUGCUCUGCAGGAAAUAGGCUGCUGGGUGUCUACUAUGCAUUCUUUCACUUUCUGUUGAGCUAGUUUCUGCAAUUGUGACUAAUUAUUUCCUUCCUUAAUUCACUGUACUGCAUCUACCUAAGGUGCCCCUGGAGUUUCAUUUGGGUAAUUAGUGCCUUAAUAUGUAAUCUGGAGUGCAAUUUCUGUGCAUUUGCCAGAUCAGAUUGCACACUGGCUGUCCAGCCCAGCUUUCAGUAAAUACUUUUAUGGUAAUGACUGUGGUUACUUAAAGGAAUCAGUGUGGUUCUGCACAGCUAGGAGGCCUCCCCUAAUUAACCAGCUUCAUUCACUGCCAGCUUAGGGACGCAUACGACAAAGAAACUUUAUAUGCCACUGAUGCAUAAGAAAAUUGCCAUCAGUAACUUUCUAAGUUAAAUGGUUACCUUACAUAUUUGUCGGUAGUUAUUUACGACCCCAUUUAUUUUACUGAUGGUCAACUCUUUGGAGAAGAAUGACUAUUGAGAUGGGGAGGGUUGGAGAGUGUCCUGAUAGAAAUCAUGUGAAUGUGAGUAUCAGGAACUUAGAAGUGAUCACAUGGUAUCUCUGAAGAAAAUUUGAAGACAAGAGCUAGGAAAUGCAAUAGAUGAGAGACAUCUGGUGAUUGCAGUGCAAUUUGCUGACAAGAAAAAGGCUGUGUCCACUGCCACCCUCUACUGUCCCAUCUUCCAGUCCUUUCAUUUACUCAGAAUAUUGAUAUAAACCCUGAAAUUAAAUAAAUUUAUCCAGUUAUUUGUUAUUGUUGGCUAGCAGGAUAUAGGCAUUUUGGCUUGGGUGGAGAAGAGACAUCAAGAAUAAGAAGGAAGUCAUUUAAGUCAAUUUGAGACUCAGUGGUACUCACACAACCGUAGCACAAGGCCUGCAUAUUUCUGAAUGUAAGCUUGCAUCUCAUCUAAAACAGCCAGGUAGGAAAAAAGUGAAAAGCUGUUCAUAAGCUGCAGUAUUUUCUUGCAUGCGUCUUUGAGUACAGGUUGUACUUUAGAUUUCAUAUUUAAACAUAUUUGAACAAAGCAAUGUGUAAAUAAACAUUUAUAUGAUCAAGCUUUCCAUAAAUGUUAAUGAGUACUUUCAGAGUAUUUGCAUAUUUUGCAUGAAAGAUACAGGAUUAAGCAAAGGUAUUAUUACCAAACACCUAAGCUGAACUCGCCCAUUCCGAUUAUUUUGAUUCAGGAGUUCUUCGUUAUAAAAUUCAGGAACAAGUUGAAGACAGACUUUCUCUUUAGUAUAGUUUUUAAUCCUUUAGGGAAUUAAUUUUAUUUCAACUCAAACUGCAUCUGAACAUCUACCAUAAAAAAAAAAAAAAAAAA